AUGCUUUCGUCGACCGUCCCCGCCUGCGGCUCGACUUUGAGCGGAACGCCUCCUGGACGCACAAACCCCCAGUCCGGCGAAAUCCCAUCCAAUCUCCAGAACUUGAAGCUCAACAAUCUCGAUUUUUCGGGUAUAGCUAUGUUCAUCCUUCCCUUAGUCGUCUUCCUUGUUGGAGUCGUGUGGUUCUACUUCAAGUAUAGUAAAAUCAAGUCCCCUGGCGACGGCUGCGACCGUUCAAUCGACAAAUUGAAAUGGACGUUGAUGUCGACAUGUCGUCCACGAUCUCGGAUUCAGCGAGACGAGAUCCUCGGACGAGAUUUAACUUGUUUAGCUUCUUCCAUGAAUCAAUCUCAGGUCGAAGUUCGCUUGAGAGAAGAUUAG